AUGCCGAUGAUGCUCCCGUCGAGGACGCCGACGCGCGCGCCCUCGGCGAAUGGUCGGGGCGUGGAGCGAAACUACGAAGGUCCCAAGGUGCGGACUCGCUCCAUCGACGUGGCGCGAGGUAUCACUUUCAACGGCAGCAACUCCGACCGGGUGGCGAUGGCACGCAGAGGGCAGGCUGCACAGAGGCCUCCACCUGUCGAGGAUGACUGUGCAGAAUACUCCGACCGCUUCCUGCCAGGCUACGAGAAGUCACAGCUCUUGGGCCGGGGUGCCUGUGCGGUUGUGUGGCUGGCGAUGCCUAGUGGCUCGACGACGCCCGUGGCGAUCAAGCAGGUUGCCAAGGGCACGACGGGCAAGAAGAGGUCCGACACCGAGGCUGCAAGGAAGGAGAUCCUGUUUGGAACCUACUUCUUUGAUGCCGGCGGCGAGCCGAAGGUGUCCCCGAAGCAGAACCCAGGCAUCGCCCACAUUGCGAAGCUGUUGGACUACGUGGAGACGAAGCGCGACAUUUGGCUGGUCAUGGAGUAUGGGGGCACCUCCCUGACGAAGAUGGCGUACGAGAUCAAGGGCGAGUUCCACCGAGGGGAGCGCCUGUACAAGGUGGUCCACUUGCCACUCUACGAGUCCAUGAAGCAGGAUCCGAGAGUGCUCAAGGCGGUGCUUCGUCAGCUUCUGUCGGCCCUCUGCCUCUUCUCGGAGCAUCGCGUGGUUCACUCCGACAUCAAGCCGGACAACAUUCUCAUAGACGAGGACGACCGUGGCCAUACAAGAGCCCGGUUUAUCGACCUCGGGAGCGCCUUCUCCUUCGACUCACCCGGCAGCCUGUCCGUGGCGACGCCGGAGUACAUGCCGCACGAGGGCCUGGAGGUGUGCGCAGUGGGGCGCAACCUUGGAGGCGCGAGGAUGACCCAUGGCGGCCGAGCUGCAGGAGGAGGCCCUCCCGCGACCGGGAAGUCUGUCGACUCUCUGCAGCGCCAGUCGCAACCAUGGUCGUUCGACAUGUGGUCCCUGGGCUCGAUCCUCCUGGAGCUCGCCCUUGGCACCCCACUGUGGCUCUCCUACAAGUGCCGUGUCGCGUCGGACCAGCGCAACAAUGCAGCAGGUCUGGGUCUCUUUGCUGUGCCCGGCCGGGACCCUGAGAAGAUCCUCGGGCGGCAGGCCGACGCCAUUUGUCAUCGCGGCCUUGCCGCGGUCUUGCGGGGCGCGCCGGGCGUGCCGCUGGAAGGCGGCGGGGAGUUCAAUGGACUGGACCUGCUGGAGCGGAUGAUGGCUUGGGACCCCAUGGAGCGCAUCAGCCCACACGAGGCUCUGGCGCACCCCUGGCUUCAGGGUUGA